AUCUUGGCAAUUAUAUCAAUCCUGUUCAUCGUGCUUUCAACCAUUGCAUUAUCAUUGAACACUCUGCCUGACUUGCAGGAACCAGAUGAGUUUGGACAACUAAAUGACAAUCCACAGCUUGCACAUGUUGAAGCUGUAUGCAUAGCUUGGUUUACCAUGGAAUAUCUCCUGCGCUUUCUUUCAUCCCCAAACAAAUGGAAGUUCUUUAAGGGGCCACUAAACAUUAUAGAUUUGUUGGCUAUUUUGCCAUAUUAUGUAACAAUUUUCCUAACAGAAUCCAACAAAAGUGUGCUUCAGUUUCAGAAUGUCCGACGUGUGGUUCAGAUAUUCAGAAUCAUGAGGAUAUUGCGUAUUCUCAAACUUGCCAGACAUUCAACAGGUCUUCAGUCACUGGGAUUCACGCUUAGGAGAAGUUAUAAUGAAUUGGGGUUACUGAUAUUAUUUUUAGCCAUGGGGAUAAUGAUAUUUUCUAGUUUGGUAUUUUUUGCUGAGAAGGAUGAAGAUGCUACAAAAUUUACAAGUAUACCAGCAUCAUUUUGGUGGGCUACCAUAACAAUGACCACAGUGGGCUAUGGAGACAUCUAUCCCAAGACACUACUUGGCAAAAUAGUUGGGGGCCUCUGCUGCAUUGCUGGAGUUUUAGUGAUUGCACUGCCUAUUCCAAUCAUAGUAAACAAUUUUUCUGAGUUUUACAAAGAGCAAAAGCGGCAAGAAAAGGCAAUUAAGAGGAGAGAAGCUCUUGAAAGAGCGAAAAGGAAUGGAAGUAUUGUUUCCAUGAAUCUCAAAGAUGCAUUUGCUCGCAGCAUGGAAUUUGAUCGAUAUUGUUGUAGAUAA